UCCGCGGGAAGCGCCGCCCCUCGCGCAUGGCGGCGCCCGGCUGUCCCUGAGCGGGGCCGCCCGGGGCUGCGGCAGGUCCGGCUCCCCAUGGCGCUGAGCAGCCGCCUGCUGCUGGCGGCCGGCGGGCUCCGUGCAGCGGGUGUUCGUUUUGCAUCAACUACAGCCAGUGUCAAAACUGAGACUGAAGUGGAUACAAGUGAAAAUGAGGUUGUUGCCCCAAACUUCACUAAUAGAAAUCCUCGGAACUUGGAGCAGAUGGCCCUGGCUAGGAAGGAGCGUGGCUGGAAGACAACGUGGCCGAAGCGUGAGUUCUGGCACAGAUUACGGCUUGAGCGGACACAGCAUUACGUAGAAGCCUUUGUCGAGCGCUCCAAUGGGGAUGUUGUGCUGUCUGCCUCUACCCGAGAGUGGGCCAUAAAGAGACACUUGUACAGUCCCAAGGGAGUAGCUGCAUGCAGAAACCUUGGCCGUGUAAUGGCACAGCGCUGUUUGGAAGCUGGAAUCAACUUUGUGAACUUUAAAGCCAUUAUCCCCUGGGAACACCGUUGUGACUCGAUUCAGGAAUUUGAGAAAGCUAUGAAGGAAGGUGGUGUUGUUCUGCAUGAGCCACGGAGAAUCUACCGAUAAAAUGGAGAUCGUUGGGAAGACUUUCCAAGGAGCAAGGAUUGCUUCUUUAGGUUUGUGUACUGGCAAAGGGAAGGUCCAGAUCUGGAAAAAGUUGGAAUGUGUCAUCUUAUAAUAAAAUAUUUUCACAUGGA